GGCUGGGCCCCGCAGAGCGGGAGGGAAAAGGGGCGAAGGAGCGAGCGGAGCCGCCGCUGCCGCCGCCGUCGCCGCCGCUGUCGAGCCCGAGCCGGAGCCGUGUCCGCGCCCGCGUCCGCCCGCCCGCCCGUCAGUCCUCGAGUCCGCCCGUGUCCAGCAGCGGGGCCCAGCAUGGUCAUGGCGGAUGGCCCGAGGCACUUGCAGCGCGGGCCGGUUCGGGUGGGGUUCUACGACAUCGAGGGCACCCUGGGCAAGGGCAACUUCGCCGUGGUGAAGCUGGGGCGCCACCGCAUCACCAAGACCGAGGUGGCAAUAAAAAUCAUAGAUAAAUCUCAGCUGGAUGCAGUGAAUCUAGAGAAAAUCUACAGAGAAGUCCAAAUAAUGAAAAUGUUAGACCACCCUCACAUAAUAAAACUCUACCAGGUGAUGGAGACCAAAAGCAUGUUGUACCUUGUCACCGAAUAUGCCAAAAAUGGAGAGAUUUUUGAUUACCUUGCAAAUCAUGGCCGGUUGAAUGAAUCUGAGGCAAGGAGAAAAUUCUGGCAAAUCCUGUCUGCGGUAGAUUACUGUCAUAGUCGGAAUAUUGUACACCGUGACCUCAAGGCUGAAAAUCUGCUGCUAGAUAACAACAUGAAUAUCAAAAUAGCAGUGCAGAUGUGCCAGUCUCUGGAAGGCUCUUGGGCAGCAAAUCUAAUAACAGAAAUAUCGGACACUGGGAAUCUGCUUAAGCUGACAUCCAGUAAAGCAGCGGUCUCUAAACUCCCCUCUCUCAGCAAACCAUUUUUGAAUUUUGGUUUUGGAAAUUUCUUUAAGAGUGGUGAACCACUGGCCACAUGGUGUGGCAGCCCUCCUUAUGCCGCCCCGGAAGUCUUCGAAGGACAACAGUAUGAAGGACCACAACUGGAUAUUUGGAGCAUGGGAGUAGUUCUUUACGUCCUUGUCUGUGGAGCGCUACCUUUUGAUGGACCGACUCUCCCUAUCCUGAGGCAAAGGGUUCUGGAAGGAAGAUUCCGGAUUCCCUAUUUCAUGUCAGAAGAGUGUGAGCAUCUCAUCCGGAGGAUGUUAGUGUUAGAUCCAUCUAAAAGGCUGACAAUAGCCCAAAUAAAAGAGCACAAGUGGAUGAUGGUGGAAGUUCCCGUACAAAGACCUGUUCUCUAUCCACAAGAGCAGGAAAAUGAGCCAUCUCUUGGGGAGUAUAAUGAGCAGGUCCUGCGGCUAAUGCAUAGCCUUGGAAUAGAUCAACAGAAAACCAUGGAGUCUUUGCAGAACAAGAGUUAUAACCACUUUGCUGCUAUCUAUUACUUAUUGGUGGAAAGGCUGAAAUCUCACCGGAGCAGCUUCCCUGUGGAGCAGAGAGUUGAUGCUCGACAGCGUCGGCCCAGCACUGUUGCUGAACAAACCGUUGCCAAGGCACAAACUGUUGGUCCCCCAAUGACCAUACGUUCACAGAACAUGAGACUGAUGAGGUCCCCCAUCCUCCCUCAAACAUCAAAUGUGGAGGCCUUUUCCUUUCCAAAUUCUGGAUGCCAGGCCGAGGCAACAUUCAUGGAGGAAGAACGAGUUGAUACACCAAAGGUGAAUGGUUGUCUGCUGGACCCAGUGCCCCCCAUAAUGAUGAGAAAAGGAUGUCAAUCGUUGCCUAGUAAUAUGAUGGAGACCUCCAUUGAUGAAGGAAUAGAGACAGAAGGAGAGCCUGAGGAAGACCCCAGCCAUUCAUUUGAUGCUUUCCAAUCAACACGCUGUGGGCAGAGACGUCACACAUUGGCAGAAGUGACCAAUCAGCUAGUCAUGAUGCCUGGCACAGGAAAAGUCUUUUCUGUGAAUGACCACCCCUCCUUGGGCAGUGUGGAUUCUGAGUAUGACAUGGGAUCCAUUCAGAGGGAUCUGAACUUUCUAGAGGACAACCCAUCCCUGAAGGACAUCAUGUUGGCCAAUCAGCCUACACAUCGCUUGACACCUCCUUUCAUAAGCAUACGACCUGCCAAUCCAGCCAUGCAGGUACUGAGCUCACAGAAACGAGAGGCUCACAACAGGUCCCCAGUAAGCUUCAGAGAAGGCAGGAGGGCAUCAGAUACUUCUCUCACACAAGGACUUGUAGCAUUUAGACAGCACCUUCAGAACCUGGCUCGAACCAAAGGAAUUCUUGAACUGAACAAAGUCCAGUUGCUAUAUGAACAGAUGGGGUCAGAGGCAGAACCUAGCUUAGCAUCAGCUGCUCCUCAGCUCCAAGACCUUGUCAGCAGUGCCUCACAGGAGGAAGCCACUCAGCCACAGGAAAAUGCCUCUGUUUUCUCUAACACUGUGCAUCCACAACUGUCCAGACGUCAGAGCCUAGAGACCCAGUACCUGCAGCAUAGACUCCAGAAACCCAGUCUCCUGUCCAAAGCACAGAACACCUGCUGCCAGCUCUACGGUAAGGAUCCUCCCCGGAGCCUGGAGCAGCAGCUGCAAGAGCACAGGCUCCAUCAGAAGCGGCUCUUCCUCCAGAAGCAGUCCCAGCUGCAGGCGUACUUUAACCAGAUGCAAAUAGCAGAGAAUUCCUUUCCGAGGCCAAACCAGCAGCUGCCACUUCCCCACCAGGAGCAGCUCCCCGGUCCUCCGCCACAGCCCUCCCAGCCCCCCCAGUUCAGCCUGGCCCAGUCACUAAGCCCGGUCCUAGAGCCUUCCUCAGAGCAAAUGCAAUAUGACCCCUUCCUCAGCCAAUACCGUAAACUGCAGCUACAGCCCUUGCCCUCCUCGCAGGUUCCCAGCUCUCCUCCUCCGCUGUCAUCACAGAUGCAGCAGCAGCCGCCACAGCCGCCAGCAGCUCCCCCACCCUUACCAUUCUCUUAUCAGACUCCUGAGCUGGCAGGUGCUGCCCCUCCUGAGCCAGACUAUCCUCCCCCCUGUCAGUAUUCCAUGGACCCAGCUCAGCAAAGCAAUGUAGCAUCACCAGACUGUCCCCGGAGCUCAGGGCCAAGGGAGUCCCCCUCCAACUAUGACCCGUUACCACUUUCUGAGUUGCCUGGACUCUUUGAUUGUGAAAUGAUGGAGGCUGUUGACCCACAGCCCAGUGGCUAUGUCCUUGUGAAUUAGCCCCAGCACACGCAGUGUUCAUGUCAGGAAGCAAGGCAAGCAGGGCAAAGGAAAAGAGUGUGAAUUUUUGUUUUUAUUCCAACCUUGAAAUUCACAGCUUAUUUUCCUGCAUUUCCCCUCGUGGGGAAAUGUCAAGUUGCCCAACUGGAACUGUCAGGGCCUGGCUGACGCUGGGUGCUUAGAUCAGCCUGGCCUUGUCCCCAGGAGCUUCAGAGGCAGGUACUGAACGUAGUUGUUAGGCUGAAGAUCAUGCCCCUUGGGCACAUGGAACAGACUCGAGGAAGACUCAGAAAAUGUUUUUUGUAGGAAGAAAGGAAUUCACACCUUCAUUGUAUACCAACUUAUAGCAGUCAAUAUAGAGGGAAACCGGUGAAAGCAAGAAUGCGGCAUGACCUGUUUCCUGGCAAUAAAAGCAAUAUAUUUUUCACUGAAAUAAAGCAACAAAGUGUUAGGCGCUAAAA